AUGUUAAAGGAAAAUUAAUAAUAGGGUUUAAUGAUUGAAAAUGUAGAAGAAAAUUCUCUAAUAGAAAUAGAAAAUCUAAAGAAGGAAAAUAAGAAAUUAACAAAAAAUAAGAUGAAAAAUAAUAGAUUGAUUAAAUAAAUUCAAGAUCAAAUAGUGCAUGGAAGGAAAUUAUAUAAUAUAUUGAAGAUAACCAAAACCAAAAUUAGAAUAUAAAUAAAGAAGUGUAAUUAUAAAAUAUAAGAAUAAUAAUUGAAUAAUGAAUUAAAUGUAUAAUAACAAAUGAAAUAUCAAUAAAAAUUGAAAAUUACACUAAGAGAUAAAUCAGAAUAAAAUAAAGAAAAACAAAGAUCUGAAGAAAGAGAAACCAAUAAAGAUAAUAAAUAAAAUAUAACAUAAGAAAAAAAAUAAAAAAAUUGGAAGAUUUCACGGGCAAACGAUAUAAUUGUUGAAGCAUCAAGAGGUGAAUAAAAUGAUGAAGAAAUCCUAGGAGUCACAAGAAAAGGUUUUGCAGAGCAUUAAUCUGGAUUAAAGAAUUUAUUAUAAUAUGGCAUUCUAUAUUAUGAAUAAACCUAAGCAACAUACCAAUAGUUUAGGGACACAUUAAUGAAUACUUAUAAAUUUGAAGAAUUUGUAUAUAAAAGAGCUAGUUAUCGAUGA